GGGUCAUAAAAUCACCCCCUCUAGUAAUUUAAAAAACAGAGCUCUUAAACCUCUCUUACUCCUAGGCAUCUCCACUAAACCCUAACACACACACACACAAACUCACUUGCACAUUAUUACAUUCUCAAUUCUCAACACAUACAUACACGUGUGUGUCUAUACAUACAUAUACAAAGCUAUGAAUAGAUAUAUGUUCGUUUGUUAUACUAGAAAUGAAGUGUUGCAUUGAAGCUGUUUGUGUUUUUGCCAAAACCAUGUUAGUUUUUCUCCGCACCCUUUUCAGCAUUUCUCGUAAAACCCCGCGUUGCGUAAGCGUGAGAAUUUUAACUAAUUCAGCUUCUUUGAGUCACAUUUGUAUGAGUAAUAGCAUUUCUUGUGGUGUCCCUGAUCAUUACAGUUCACAUUAUGUUUUGCCUUGUUUAGUUGUUUCGGUUACGAGUUAUUUGUGCUUGUUUAGGCAGAAUUAUGUGACCGAGGUGAAAUGUGAUGAGGGGUUGGAGGAAGGGGUGAUUUUUAGGAUUGUUCGGGAAGGAAGGUGGGAUGAUGAUAGGAUUGUUAGGUUGUUUGAAUCGGGAUUAGGGUCGGUUAGUGUUGAGAGGGUUUAUGUGGAAUUGAAGAGGGAACCGGGGUUGGCGUUGAAGUUGUUUAAAUGGGCGGAGAGGCGGAAUGGGUUUAGUCAUUCUACGGAAAGCUUUUGUAUUUUAAUUCACAUAUUGUUUUGUUCUUUAAUGUAUGUUGAUGCUCAUGAUUUGAUGAAAGAGUUGGCAAGUUCAAAUAGGGUAGUGCCAGCGUCUGAUAUUUUUGAUAUCUUGUGGUCAUCUAGGAAUGUUUGCACUCCAGGAUUUGGAGUUUUUGACAUGUUGUUUAGUGUGUUGGUUGAGUUGGGUAUGUUCGAGGAGGCAACUGACUGUUUUUCAAAAAUGAAAAGAUUUAGAGUUCUUCCGAAAGCACGGUCUUGUAAUUCUCUUUUGCACAGGCUUACAAAAUCGGGCAGGGAAAAUGAUUCUAGAAAUUUUUUCAAGGAGAUGUUCGGGGCUGGAAUUGCCCCAUCAGUAUUUACAUAUAAUAUAAUGAUUGAUUACUUAUGUAAGGAGGGGGACUUGAAGUCUGCUAAUAUACUGCUUUCUAAUAUGAAAAAGUUGGGUAUUACGCCUGAUACUUUUACUUAUAAUUCUUUAAUAGACGGGCAUGGUAAGAUUGGGCAGUUAGAUGAUUCAGUUUGUUUAUGUGAAGAGAUGAAGGAAUAUGGAGUUUAUCCGGAUGUAGUGACCUACAACAUUUUGAUUAAUUGUUUCUGUAAAUAUGAUAAAUUGCCUCAGGCUUUCAAGUUUCUUCAAGAAAUGAAGGAGAAUGGGUUGGAACCGAAUGUUGUUACUUAUAGUACAUUUAUUGAUGCCUUCUGCAAGGAGGCAAUGAUGCAAGAGGCCAUCAAGUUUUUUAUUGAUAUGAGGCGUCUUGGCCUUACUCCUAAUGAAUAUACUUAUACUUCUCUAGUUGAUGCCAAUUUUAAAGCGGGUAAUGUUGGCGAGGCUGUGAAACUGGUCAAGGAAAUGUUAGAAGCUGGCUUCAGUAUGAACAUUGUUACCUACACGGCGUUGCUUGAUGGUUUUUGUGAAGAAGGAAGGAUGGAAGAAGCUGAGGAAGUACUCAAAAGUAUGCCUGAGGCUGAGGUAACUCCAAACCUUACGAUCUACACUGCACUCAUACAUGGCUAUAUUAAAGCCCAGAGAAUUGGUGAUGCUGUGAAUAUAUGGCAAGAAAUGAAAGAUAAAAACAUUGUACCAGAUCAGAUGCUGUGUGGUACGAUCGUUUGGGGUCUUUGUAAAGAAGAGAGACUUGAAGAAGCUACACUUAUAUUGGGUGAAAUGAAGGAAUGUAAUAUACAAGCAAAUGAUGUGAUAUACACAACUCUUAUUGAUGGUUAUUUCAAGGCUGGAAAAACAAAAGAAGCACUCAUUUUACUUGAACAAAUGCAAGAGUUAGGCAUUGACCCCACAAUUGUAACAUACUGUGUACUAAUUGAUGGUUUAUGCAAAUCUGGGUCAGUGGAUAUGGCAAUUGAUCAUUUUGGAAAGAUGCAAGAAAUGGGUAUGAUUCCUAACGUCGUGGUAUAUACAGCUCUGAUUGACGGGCUCUGUAAAGCUAAACGGGUAGAAAGUGCUAAAAUGCUAUUCGAUGUAAUGGGAUGCAAGGGUAUGCUUCCAGAUAAAGUUGCAUACACAUCUUUAAUAGAUGGAUACAUGAAGGAUGGAAAUAUUGAAGAAGCAUUGAAUUUUCGGGACUUGAUGCUCGAAGUAGGUAUGCAGCCUGAUCUGUACACCUACACUACUCUAAUUUCUGGACUCUUGAAGGCGGGUCACGUACAGCAAGCUAGGGACUUGCUUGAUGAAAUGAUUAUGAAGGGUAUAACUCCUGAUGAGGUUGUUUAUGGUUGUUUAGUAAGAAAGUAUUGUGAUCUUGGUGACAUGGAUGAAGCUCAAAAAUUGCAAACCGAAAUGGUUAGAAGUAACCUUAUUAGUGGCACAAGUCACUUUUCCGUUCCGUGUGUAAAAACUUGAAGCUGUAAAAUUUGUUGUUUAUCCUUCUCUUGGUAUCCUUCAGAAAUGUGACUUAAAAGGACCCCCAUCCUUUGUUAAUAGGAUGGUGUUAUAUCUUCUGGUGGUUCAGUGUUGACUAUUUCUUGGGCCUUGGUUUCUUAUGGAAAGGAAGUACCUAUGACAUCAAAUGCAAUCCGUUCUAUGUUUGGGUAUUUAUCAUAGGCGGCGAGGAACUGGGAGCUCUGUUUUUCUUGACAAACUACAUCAAAUCUCAAUUCUGGACAAACUCAGAUAUUUUGGGCAAUGGCUAACUGCAGGACCAAAUGCAUUGAAAAGGAAGCAGUCCAGCUUCAAGAUGGAGCCAUCUGAAUGCAGCUACUAAAGGUAUGCUUUUAUGUUGACUUUGAUGUUUCUUAGGAGCUUCGGGAUAGACAUGUCAAGUACCCGAAAUUGUCAUAUUUAAGGUGCAACACAUGAAAGAAAUGAAGACUUGACGACAGUACAUUUUAAAUUCGUGAAGACUUGCAUUGAAAUGGAUUUUGAGUUGCUUUGUUGACAGGAUAGAUGCAGCUUAUGUUGAGGUCACAUGUACAAGGCAAGGGGAUGAGGGAAACAAGCAAGGGCUGAUACUUGCAAGUGGCAAAAGCAUUUGAGAUUUUAUUAAUUUGAACUUAACAAGGUUUGAGGGCCUUUAAACGACUGCUAAAGAAAGAAGAAGAAUGUCGAGUAAAAGAUGUCACGAUGAUUGUAGCUCUAACUAUGUCUUCGGAGAAGAUAGUUUUGGAAGCUUUGAGUUGUGAAGAGCUCGAAAAAGACGAUCGGAAAGAUUGCCUGAUGUUACCAACAAUGGCGUCUCUAUUUGAUGAAGUAUAAUUUAUUAGAUCUCAACUGAAUCAGUUGUUCCACUUUUCAGUUUUCACUACCACCAGAGUAUUUGAAAUAUCAUAUACAUGAAAAUAUAUCAAGGCAUCUGUCACAUAGUGUAAAGAAAAAAAUAGUUAUUUAUUUUUUAAUAGAAUAACAAGUUAAGUA